UCUCGCUAUUUCUUCUCUCUCGUUUUCGCUUUUUCAUGCUUUUUUCAAUUCCCGCUUUUCUCCGAAAACAAACAAAACAAAAACGCUUUUGAGUUAGUUCAAUGCACAGUAUUUCGCGCAUUCAUGCCAAAAUUCAGUGUUUCUGAGUUAUUAUUAUUUCUCUCAACUCAACCUCCUUCAAUUUUAAAGAAAAUAAAUUGUGUAAUUUUUUGCCACUGAAUGAAUGUUUUCCAAGUAACCGUUUCUCUCUUUGAAACUCACUAUUCUUUCACAAUUCAUGAUAUAAAGCCUUCGAAGGUGAUCAUAAUUUCUUGACUUUUUUUUUUAAUCACAAUCUUUAAUUUAUUGAAAAAUUUGACUUUAAUAGAACAAUAACAUGUUUAAAUAUUAUUUUCCAUUUGUGCUUAUCACAUUAUAUACACAUGCUGAGUUUUUUUCUAUAUAAGAAGAACCUACAUCUCUCAACCCAUCUAACAAAAAGUACUAUUGGUGAGUGAGAAUGACGAACUUCGUCGAAGACGACAAUGUCAGCUCUUCUUCUUCUUCACCAACACGUGCUCAAGAGCCUCGAGAUUUUAUUGUAUACGGCAGAUUUCCGUCUGAACUCAGAAGAAUAAGGACUCGUGCUUAUGGAAACAGAAGCGUCACAAAUUGCAGCCCAGCCCCCAGAAGAAUAAAUAAUUGGAAUGUGGUUGAUGAUGACAGAACUACUUCUGCCGAUGAAAAAGAUGAUAUUCCGGCAUUCAAUCCAGUUGGUCUGGAUCAUGUUUUACUGUGUAUUGUAAAAUGUUAUGAAUGUGAUUUUGACAUUGAAGUUUCCUUGCGCUGCGAUCCUUCAGAAGAAUUUGAUGCAAAUAAUAUGAUUUGUCCCGUGUGCAAUGAAAAGUUAGGGGAGGAUGCGAUAAGGACUGUGCAGAAUUCAAGCUUUGGAAUUAUGCAUUCGCGUGCUUGGUCUGCUCUGAAUCUGGGGAACGAACCUGCUCUACGGGGUAACAAACAUGAAACAAUGUUCGGUUCAGCUUUGUCAGCAUCUCAGGACAAUCUUGAUGGUCAAAGCUUCAAUGAUUUCAGUUCAGAUGAAGAUGACAGGACCAAUGCCUCAGAUGUUACUGCUGCAAAAGGCAUUUCCAUUGCAAAAAGCUUGGGAGGGGCAGAUGCACCGAAGACUGGCGGCAAUGAACAGGAUGUUGAAGAGAGAACUAGCAGGGCUGCAUAUUUUCAAGAGUUGGUUAUGUCAGCUUUAUUCUCAGAAUGAUUAAUAGGGAAAUAGUUUUGAUGGUUGUAAAAAUUUACAGCAUUGAGUUUGAUUCUGGUGCAUGAGUUAUUAUUAUUAUUAUAGGUUUAUAACAAAACUUUAGCAUAUUGGAUUGCUAUGCUAGCGAAUUGGAUGGUUGGCUCUAUUUUGGUUACUGAACAAUUUAAAUAUUCAUAAGUUUAUCUUUGGUUUUUA